CUUGACGCUGACGCUGUUGAAAAUCAGUCGUUGUAUGUAUGACCAUAAUGGUCCACCUCCUGAGGGUGGCAACUAUACUUGUCUCUUAUACACAUCUAGAUGUGUAUAAGAGACAGCACACACACACACACACACACACACAGAGAGAGAAGAUGAGUGAGGAUGGAGGGGGCGAUUUCGGGGAUGGAGGUUUCGGAGGUGGGUUGGGAGACGUUGGGAGUUCGAAUGAUGAUGGAGGGGGACGGCAAAGUGAAGGGACGUUUGGGAAUUACCCAGGGGAAGAAGGCAGUCACAGUCAAGCUGGUGUAACGGGUUUUUUGGGAGGAGGAGGAGAUGAUGGCGGUGGGGCGUCCUCUUGGCUACCAGCGGCGGCCGUCAUCGGCGGGGCCGCCGUCGGAGCGGCCGGUGUGCACGCUGGAUAUGAGGAGAUGAAACGGAGGAGGGACGAACACGAGAGACAAUGGCAAUCGAGGUUUGACGAUCAUGAAGGCAAGAGAUGGCGGUGGGAGAGAGAGAGAUGGGGUCACAGCGAGGAGGGGGCGGAGGCGUCCACCACUGCUGGAUAUCCUCCUGGCUAUCCUCAUAGGGCUUUCCGUGGUGGCACUGCUGAUGGCACUGCUGGUGGACUUGCGGGAGGUGAGGCUGGAGUACCGUACGUUUGCCUAGACGAGGUGUUGAGGAGGGAAAGGCUGCGACAUGAGCAUCAUGAUGACGUGGCAGUUGAUGGUAGCGACGCAACGUGGGGGUCCCAUCCGCCGUUGAUGCAGAAUCACCAUCCGGAUCCCAUUGCGGUGCGCAGAAAUCGAUGUGUCUCGUUGGGGUUUCUCGCCGGUGUACUCGUGUUCG